UAGAUUAAGUAAACAUUAAACAUAACCAUCGUUAACCUUAAUAUUGUAGAGGUUGAAAUGAAUUAUUUAUUAUUUUUUUAGUUUUUAUUUAUUAUUGAUUAGAAUGUCUCAUAAUAAAUUACUUCGUGUAACACAAUUAGAUGCUGUAUACUUGAACAACGAACUCACCAACAUUUUUCUAAAGCAAAUGCAGACAUGUCUUCGAUAUUUACCUGUUGGACUGCAUAUUAAUUAUCACAAUGAAAUAAACCACUUAGUAAAGUUGCUACUUUCGUCUUAUUCUUUGUUCAGUCAUGAUUGCACAUUUGGUCAAAAAAUGCUUUUGAUAAAAUACUCAAAUGCAACUCCAUUAAAGAAAUGUUUGUAUGUAUUACUCAGUUCAUUAGAUUACGUUAGAGAUAAAAUAGAAGACACUGGAAGAAAUAGUUCUAUUAUAAAGUGUAGUAAACAUGCUUGUUCUGUGAUUAAAAUUUUAAGUUUUAUUAAUUUAUGUUUAUUCAUAAAAUAUGGAAGAUAUCCCCAAUUAGUAGAAAGAAUAUUAGGAUUGGAACAAGUUUACUCAAGAAAUGUUAUACGUAGACAAUUUGGAUCUAAGUAUUUAGCAAGAGAGUUGCUUUGGAAUGGUUUUAUAGAGGUGCUGGUGUGUGUUUUACCGUUGAUUAAUUAUCAUAAGAUAAUGAGAAUUUCUAGGAGCUUUAUUACUUUUCACAAAGAUAAACGUGGUGGUGAAGAUUUUAAUGUUCAAUUUACAAUAUCUACCAAGUGUGCAUUUUGUGGGGAAAUUCCAAUUUUGCCUCAUCACAUGGACUGUUCACAUGUUUUCUGUUAUGUGUGUUUGAAAGGUAAUCUUCAGGCUGAUUCAGGAUUUGAAUGCCCAAAGUGUGGUCACAAAAAUUCUAAGGAAAUUUGUAAAAAGGUGGUCAUGUAAAUUACAAUAAUAAAAUAUUUUAUGUAUA